AUGAAUAAGGAACAGCCACAAUAUCAAGACCCGUUGUUGAAUCCAGGGCAGCUGAGACAGAUCGUAAAGAACCUUCCAAGUAAAAUCAAGGUAUCAGUCAAUGCAGCACUUGGGAAUGCUCUCACAUACUCAUCGCAAUUCGAUAUAUGGCAGCAUCCGCACACGAACUACAAGCAUCGAGAUGCAGGGAUCUUGCUCGACGAGAUUGACGAGUUUUUCGGUUAUGUGGAAAGUGCAAACGAGCUUGGGACUUAUCGCAGUGAUUUCAAUGAUGAUUUCGGCAAAGAAUGGCAGCAAGUCGAUGAUCAAGAAAGGCGUAAAUGGAUCGAGCAGCUAUUGGAUCAAUUGGAUCAAUCUUCUGUGGAACAAAGAACAAGAUCGGCAAGGCAUCUCACUUACAUUGCACUUGGAGCGUACAACGAUGAUCCACAGGAUUUGAGUGAUGCCAUCUUGUCCAACAAUACAUUAUUGUAUUCCUGUGGUGCAUUAUCAAGCGUCUUUCAAGCUUUCAAGUCUGCAUGUAGUCAACAUGAUACUCAAAACUCCCAAUAUUUGUCUGCUGGGGAUUACAAUUCCUUGACGCGCGAGAUUGAGCAAUACAUCACCAUCAUGUAUCUUGUCAUUGAAGCAUUAAGGAACACCGAUCACUUUGCCCAUGAAGGAAGUCUUGAUCCAGCCAUAUUACAACACCUCUUCUCUAUCGUGUCUCAAUUGCGUGACAAGUACAUAAAGUCAUUCCCAGUCAAAAAGCUUGUUCUUCUUUUAUGGAAAGUGAUCCUGACGACAUUUGGUGGGGCUGAAGAAUUGAAAGAAGCCAAGGCUGCUGCAAGAAAGAUGUAUGGACUCGAUUCAGAUAAUCAUGACAUGGUAUCCAAGUGCACACCACAAGACCUCUACACAUUCCAGAAUGAGAUCACCCUCAAAUACCCGACUUAUACACCUCCGCAUAUUCCACUCAACACAUCAUCCACCUUGACGAUCAAAGCUUCACCUGCAUUGGCUACAGCAAUGGGCAUUUCCAACUCAACAGCACGCACAGACCUUCCAUACCAAACCUUAUUCCCGCCCAAGUCAGCAACAAGCAGCAACACCAAUAGCUCAAAGCGAUUACCACAACAACAAUCACUCGUAUGGCCAACCCCUUCCUCUCAAUCUUUUGUUUUGCCCUUGACCGAGAAUGAAGCCAGUGUUCCAAAGAGCACGGUAGAGGCUGGUGAACUUUAUGUCCAAAACAUGUAUCUUUCCUUGGCCAACCAUCAGGUGAUGCUCGAACGUGAAAAGGCGAUCCAUCGAUGGAAGAGAAAACAAGAGCACCAAUCGAAUCAAGACGAAUGUGACGAAGACGAGAUCCUUUUGGCACACUUGAGUGACCCGAUGAUGAGGAAACGAUUCGAAGCAUUGGAGCAAACUUAUGCUGUUAUUGUUCCCGAAUUACAAAACAUCGUCAUUGUUCUCCUGAAGUUGCUAUUGUCUACCGUUGCCAUGGGGAAUCUCAGCAGCAGCAACUCAAAUAAGCAACCAAACCACAACCCCGAUGGAUCACCAAAGCCCUUACAACAAAUUGAUCUUGAAGAAGCUGAUGCGACCCGUAAUCGAGAGAUAUUAUCCAAAGCCAUCUCUGCAGUGAUAUUCUUAUUGCUCAAAUGGACCAAAGUUUCACAUGUCCUCAAGUUUGAAUUUCUUUCGCAGCUCCUGGUUGAUUCUGGUUGUCUAUUGCUUAUCCUUAAGAUACUUGGAUUACAAGAGAUUACCAAUUUGGUAGCAGCCAAAACCGAUGUCGAAGGUUGCAGCUUCUCUGAAAAGAUCACAGGGCGAUUCAAGAACAUCACAUCAAUACCCGAGCAAAGUUAUACCAAUACCCGGAACAUGUUUUGGUCCAUCAACUUUUUGAGGAUAUUGCAAAUGCUGACAAAACGUAAAACGCAUCGUAUCAUGCUCCUGGUGCAGUACAAGUCCUCUGCCAUCUUGAAGCGUAUACUGAAAGUGUCUCAUCCUGUCAUGGAGCUAUAUACCCUUAAAGUGCUCAAGAGCCAAGUGCCUUAUCUAGGAAGAAAAUGGCGCUCAUUGAAUAUGAAGAUAGUAUCCGCUAUUUAUUUGAGAUGCCAUACAGUACUCAAGGAUGACUGGAUAUCCAAGUCUGAUACCGAUAGUGAUAUGGAAGAUGGGAUGAUGCAAGAAAUCAAUUUAAGGAUGCUUGUGCGGAUUUACAAUGGGCAGCGGUACCUUCCAAGCAUGCUUCCUCAACAAGAUGAGCCUAGUGGGUUGGAUACAAGCUCCUUAACGACACCUCUUUUGGAAGAUGACAUAUCACUGGAUCCGGAUUUCAUGUCCAACUAUGAAGAAUGGCUUGAAAAGAACGUAUACAACGAAGAAUGGAGCGAAGAUGAGGACAUGUCUAUAUACACCUCAAGCAUGGAUAGCGACGAUAAGCAACCACCAGGCACACCCAUUCCAUCAUCACCAGUGGUACAAGGAUUGACAACGCAAAUCAAUGAUUUAUAUGACAAGGAGCUUGAACGAGAGUUUACAUUGGAGAACGAGGAUACGACAAUCAUCCCUGCAAAUCCAUUUGAAUUCCUGACACAUCGGCUCGCUCAAGUGGAACAAAAUACGUUGCAACGUUGGUCCGAAUUGAAUCCAGAUCAAAGAAAAGCGUUGGAUAGUAUUGAUGGCUUAUGA